CUUAUGUAUCUAACAAAUCAAGUGACACUAUAAACUCAAAUAUACCAGUAAGCAAGUCUUUACACACGAAGAUUUCCAAAAUGGCUAGGGCCCAAGGUCUAGUUCUUCUUGGUUUAUUAGUUGUUUCAAGUUUAGUUAUGUUAACCGAGAGCCGAGUCGCAAGAAAAGAUUUGGGACUUGACCUAGGUGGGAUUGGAAUCGGUUUGGGCGUUGGAUUGGGGAUUGGUCUUGGCGGCGGGUCAGGCUCUGGUGCUGGUGCUGGUUCUGGAUCAGGUUCAGGUUCCAGAUCAUCAUCUAGCUCUAGCUCGUCAUCAAGUUCGAGUUCUAGUGGUUCUGGUGGUUCAGCUGGUUCAUCUGCUGGUUCAUUUGCUGGAUCCAGAGCCGGAUCAGGAUCUGGUAACUAAUUUAUAAUGUACAAUUAAUUUUCUACUGAAAGUGUGAAAGUAUAAGUAUGUUUUAUGUUGGUUUGUCGCAAUUAAUAUCGUAUGUAAGGAGGGAGUGGGAUGAAUAAAUUGUCGCUUCGUUAUAAGACUAUAUAAAGUUAUGGUUUGCUUGA